CUUGAAAAACUUAACGAACUUCCUCAAUUUCUCAUUUACGUCUCCAAACCCAAAUGAUCCUCCGUCUUCAAGGCUGUUUCUCCUCUUUCCUCCUUUCUUUUUUGUUUUUACUCUACCCUUUGGCUUUUUCUCAACCUUCUGCAUACCAAAUCGCCACCAUGACCAAACUUUCUCAGCUUUUCAACAGUUCAGCCGUCGGAUGGGAUGUUACAAAGCAGUCCAACCCUUGUUCCUGGAAGGGAGUUACUUGUAGUGCUGGUUCCUUGAUUACUGAGCUUUCUUUAUCUGGGUUUGGUCUCUCUAGCUCUGAAUUUUUGUCUGUUGUUUGUAAUAUUAGUUCUUUGCAAUCGCUUGAUGCCUCUGAGAAUCAAUUGAGCUCAAUUCCCUCUGAGUUCUUCACAUAUUGUGGGAAAAUUGGUGGGCUCAAGUUGUUGAAUUUUAGUAGGAAUGGAUUGAAGGGUCCUUUGGUUAGUUUUAUUGGUUUUGUUGAAUUAGAGUUCUUGGAUUUGUCUUACAAUUUUUUGGGUGGUAACAUCAGUUUACUCUUGGAUGAAUUAGUUAGUCUCAAAAGUUUGAAUGUUAGUGGCAAUUUAUUUGGAGGGAGUAUUCCCAGCAACCUGGGAAAAUCUAAGGCUUUAGAGCAGCUUGUGCUUUCUGUGAAUAGUUUCACUGGUGAAAUACCUGAAGAAAUUGCAGAUUAUGGGAAUUUAACAUUGAUUGACCUUAGUGUUAAUCAUCUUUCAGGGUCUAUUCCUAGUAGAAUUGGAGAACUUGCCAAGUUGAAAGUUCUAAUUCUCUCACAGAAUAACUUAAAUGGUGGAAUUCCAACAAACCUUUCCAGUAUAUCAACCCUGUCGCGUUUUGCAGCCAAACAGAACAAUUUUAGUGGUCCAAUUCCUAGUGAUCUCACAAAACAUUUGAAGAAUUUGGAUCUUAGUUACAACAAGUUGACAGGUUCAAUUCCAGAAGACCUUUUGUCAUCUGCGAAUUUGCAGACUCUGGAUUUGUCUUAUAAUUCACUUGAGGGUUCAAUACCUGAUAAAAUUUCUCCAAGAAUGGUUAGGUUGAGAUUAGGAAGCAAUGCACUCAAUGGUUCGAUCCCUUCCUUGAAUUUUGCAGCUCUUGAAAAUUUAACUUACUUGGAGCUAGACAGCAAUAGGCUCACUGGAACCAUACCUCCACAACUGGGUGAUUGCCAAAAUUUGGCACUGUUGAAUUUGGCUCAAAAUAAAUUGAAUGGUUCAUUGCCGGCGCAGUUGGGUAAUCUCAGCGGUCUUCAAGUUAUGAAACUUCAGCUCAAUGACCUGGGUGGAGAAAUCCCUGUUGAGUUUUCCCAGCUAAAGACUUUGUCUCAAUUAAACAUUAGCUGGAACUCGCUUACUGGUUCGAUACCUUCUUCCUUUUCCAACUUGCAACAACUUAGAAACUUGAAUUUACAAGGCAACCAUCUCAGUGGUUCCAUACCUGACUCUAUUGGGAACAUGAAUUCUUUGAUAGAGCUCCAACUUGGAGAAAAUCAGUUAAGUGGCCCAAUUCUGAAGUUGCCAGAGAAAUUGCAGAUUGGUUUGAAUCUGAGUAGCAAUCUGUUUGAAGGACCAAUCCCAGACAGUCUUUCUAGCCUGACUGUAUUGGAAGUUUUAGAUCUCUCACACAACAAUUUUUCUGGUGAGAUUCCAGAAUUUUUUACUCAAAUGCAAUCCCUGGUGCAGUUAAUUCUUUCUUAUAAUCAGUUGUCAGGAAUUGUUCCUAAGUUCAGCUUCCAUGUCUCAGUCAACCUUUCUGGAAAUUUGAGCCUCAGAAAUGGAACAGAACCAAAUGCUUCCCUAGAGAAGGAAAGGAGGCAGAGCCGGAUUCCAGUUGCAGUUGUGAUACUUAUGGCCGUCGCGGCUGGUGUUUAUGCUGCUGGGCUAAUCACAGUUAUGUGUUCCUUCUUCCUUCGGAUCAUCCGAAGUAUUAGAAAAGAGUAGAAAACAUAAAUAAAUGUUUACAUGCAAUAAAAUUAUGUGCAUAACUUUAUAUAUAAACAAUGAAGUUUUAUAAUAUAAUU